UUACAUUUCAAUUUGCUGGAGUCUGUGUGAGAGUUAAAUGGUGUUAGCCAUUUAGCCAAUAUAGCCAAGAUUUAUAACUUACCCUUGCUCUUGCAUGGAAAUCAGUGAGUCAUGGAAAAAUCUGUGACUGCAUCAAGUGAUUUAGCACAUGUGGCUCAUAUGUGAGAUUGUAAUGAUGACAAUGAGUCUGACACUCAAAACCAGAUACCUACAACUGAACUGGAAUGUGUAAGAACCAUGACUGAAACUGCACUUUGCACUGGUACGUUCACUGCAGUAAAGACGCUUUGGGAAGUGAGAAUUCAGAAAAUAAAUGAAGAACUCCAGAAGGAAAAGGAAUUCAGACAGAGGGCUGUAGGAAGAUUGGUAGUUGUCUGGGAAGAGAGAGUGACUUUAGCCAAGCUUAAAAAAAAAGUAAUUUCUGAAGAUGGAAGAGCUAUUUUAAAGAUAGAAGAGGAGGAAUGGAAGACACUACCUUCUUGCUUAUUGAAAUUAAGCCAUCUCCAGGAAUGGCAACUCCAUAGAAUUAGUUUGAUGAAGAUCCCUGAAUUCAUUGGAAAGUUUCAAAGUCUCAUUGUGCUGGACCUGUCCCGAAAUUCAAUUGAAAAGCUACCAAAAGAGAUUGGCCAGCUGACUAACCUCCAAGAGCUGCUUCUCAGCUACAAUAAAAUUAAGUCUGUUCCUAACGAGUUAAGUAACUGUGUCAGCCUGGAAAGAUUGGACCUAGCUGUGAACAGAGAUAUCUGUGACCUUCCUCUUCAGCUCAGUAAUCUAAAGAAACUUUACCAUAUAGAUUUGUGUAUGAACCAGUUUACUACCAUUCCUUCAGCUCUCUUGAACAUGCCUAGUCUAGAAUGGUUAGACAUGGGCAGCAACAAACUUCAGCAACUUCCUGACACUAUUGACAGAAUGGAAAACCUGCAUACUUUAUGGCUCCAACGAAAUGAAAUAACCUGUUUACCAGAAACCAUCAGUAACAUGAAAAACUUAAGCACUCUUGUCCUCAGCAGCAACAAACUCCAGAAUAUUCCUGCUUGCAUGCAGCACAUGACAGAUUUGAGAUUUGUCAACUUCAGAGACAACCCACUGGAACUGCAGGUAACACUUCCCCCAUGUGAGAAUACUGAAGAGGAGGAACGGGAGCUAUUUGGUAUUGAGUUCAUGCAUAUAUACAUUCAGGAGUCACUCAGGAGAGCAGAAAACCUGGAAGACAGCACCUCUGAUACCAUAAACAAUGAAGAAAAAAUGUAAAACUGCUUCUCUAAGCUAAGCUGGUUGCUUGUUGAAGAAAAAUAUAAGUUCUGCUUCUUCUGAAUGGAGAAAGCAAC